AUGACGCAGCUAACCGAAAAUACAGAUGAAUUGCAUAGCAUUAGGUUGGCUAUAGAUCCCAAUUUGAUCACAUUACCAAUAGGAUCAAAGUCAACCUCGCCACACUCAAAUUCGACUUCUGAUGGUAAUCCAGAAUCACAUAAUACUGAGAACGAAGAAGUUGAUAAUAAAGCUGGUAGCCUGCCACCAGAACAAUUUAGUAACAAUAGUGCUAAGUUAAUUGUAAAUCCUUAUGAAAAAUAUGGUAGGAUGAGUCUAGGACAAUUGAUACCAUUGAUAUCUCAACAAAGAGGACCAAAUUUCAAAUUUGCUGAUAUUAAUGAAGACAUAUUAAAACAGGAAUUAGCAAUCGAAAACGAUAAUGGGAAACAAGAAUCAAAAGAUGAUACAAAAGCUGAAGAUGGCAUAGAUACAAUGGAUAUCGACCAAAAUGAUAAUUCAGAGGCCAAUACAAAUGAUAUAGGCUAUAAUGAAUGGUCUAAUGAGCCAAAGGAAGAUACUGGCAUAUUAGACAAUACACAAGAUACUAAUAUCAAUGGCGAGAUGGAAUCUCAAUUAACUCAAGAAGAAUUCAAUAAAAUUAGAAAAGUAAUGCUGGAACAUAUCAAUAUGGCAAUGAAUGAGUCUUCAUUAGCAAUGGAGUUUGUCAGUCUAUUACUUUCGCCGGUAAGGGAAUCAACAGCGGUAUCAUCUAUGUCACCAUUUUUGAAGAAAACUGUGAAUCCAGGCUCAUUAAAUAGUGAGAAGGUUAAAAUGCCUGCUGUGUCGCGUCGAGAUAAACUGUCGUUAUCAAUUUUAAGUCGUGGAUGGAAGCUUCGCGCACUCAAUGAGGCACGAGCUAUAUUGAAGAAAAAUUUCACAGAAAUAUCGAGCUCUUUAAAACAGGAACAUCACUAUUGGAGUAGCAUAGCGUACAAUAUCAGUAACAAGGAUGUUUUGUUUAAAAUUAGGGACAAGCAAACAACGAAGAGAUCACUAGGCCUCAAAUAUGGAUAUGAGGAUUCAGGAUCGACUUUCAGAAAUGAUAGAGGAACUGCAAUUCUUCGUGGGACUGAUGAAGCAAAUGGCCUGGAACUUAUUCCCUUAACAUUAGGAAGAACAAGUACAGUUGGCAGUGUAUAUAAAGGCGGUAAAUUUUUGAGAGUACGAAUAUUUACGAAGAUUGAAUCUGAGGGUGAUUAUAUUUUGAGCGGUGAGAGUAGCCUUGACAAGUUAUUCAAGAAUCACAGUGAGAACAGCGAUUCUAAGAAUGAUGAUGUCAGAUUGCAAAUCUCAAAAUUAAAGUUCUUCAUCUUUGAACAAGAACUUAUGCAUCAAUUGAAGAAAGAAUGCGCUUAUCUCAUAUCAUAUGGUGUAACAGUAGAGAAUGAACAUAAAAUUGUUAUUGAGUUACCAAACGAGAAGUUUGAAAUAGAAUAUUUGAGUUUAGAUGAUGAUUCAGUAGUGAACCAUGAACAAGAUGCCCCCAAAGCCAAUGAUAGAAGAGCCAAUCUAAUGUUGGUGACUUUACGCAUGCUUUUGAUUGUCAUCUACAAGAAAAACUUAAGACAGAAGAUGGUAUCAAACACCAGGAAACAUAUAGCAAGCACGGAAAAAGACAUUUUGUUAAUAAGACCAUUGCUAGGUAAAAUGAGACACUCUAAUCAUAAGAAACUGAUACGCAAGAUAUUAAAGGAAUGCGUUCUCGAAGUAGUUCCAGACACGGAGUUGCAGGAGCGUUCCAUUCAAAGCUUAGAUAAAGAAGACUUUGAAACGUUUGACUUACAAGAUGCUCAUAUUGUGAAAUUGACUAAGGACAUCAAUGCUUUCCGAAAUGUUCUGGACGUUGGGAAAACUGAGUUUACUAUAGAUAUGAAGCAAAGUGGCAAGCUAUCAUUGAUUCUGGAAUCUCCAAACUAUUGUAAUGCCCAGGUAUCGAUAAAGUAUGAUAACCAAACGAGUAAUACCCAUUUUAAUACUGUGUCAACGGAAUUUAAAGAGGUUGAAGAGUUUCUUCACUUCUUGAUUUCAACCUACGUAAAUCCUGAGUAA